AUGAAAACUGUAUUUAUAAUAUUGGCGACCAUUUUCGUAUCCUGCCAUGGUUUUGUAUAUAAAGUUGAUGCACAGGAAUCUAAUAUAGAAACAUAUGACGAAAUCCCGGUGGACAAACUUCGGGAGAUUAUGAGAAAUGGGAGCUCGGCUCUUGGAAUUCCAGUUUUAGAUCCCUUCAAACUCCGUCAAACUGAAUAUAUAAUUCGAGAAAAGGGUUUUCUUGAGGCUCAAGGAUAUCUAAGAAACAUGCAGGCAGACAAUUUGUCCAAUUUCGUGGCAAUCAAAGCAGAUUACACUAUAAUCGGACUUAAAAUUAAUCUACAUUUAAAAUGGGACUCAAUCAAAUUGGUUACAGAUUACAGCAUAAUAGGAAAUUUAGGAGACAUGUUAUCAAUUUAUGGAUUAGGCGAAAUCGAUGCAACCGCACAAGGUUUAGAACUAAAUGUUACAAUGGGCUUGUCAAUAAAAGAUAAUGGCGAUUUAUUUGUAAGAAGUUUCGAAUCAGGUAUCAAACUUAAAGCACUCGACAUCAAAAUAACUGGAUUAUUUCACGAUGAACCUGUUUCAAAGAUCGUAAGCACCAUCCUGUCGGAUAUGAUACCACAAUUGAUAGAUGAUUAUCAACAAGAAUUAACUGGAAAAUUUAACACUUUAGCUACAAAUACAAUCAAUAAGUUACUAAAAGGCAAAACUCUUUGGGAUUUAAUAUCAAUUAUUUCACCAAGCGAAAAUGAACCAAUAAUUUAUUAG